UGGGGGGGCGGGGCCUCCGGGGGCGGGGGUGUGGCCGGGGGGGGUCUGUCCUCUUCCUCCCGUUCGCGGGGCCACGGCCGGCGUCCCGAAGCUCCGCGGUAAUAAAAUGCGGACAAGACAUUAGUCUACAUGCAGUAAACUUGAAGAAAUGGAAGAAAGGAAGAUCAAGAGGAGGAGCCCCAAAUCGUCUACCAGUCACCCUGCUCAGGUUGCUAACUCCAAGAAAAGCUCAGUGCCAGUCAGUAAGAGUACAGCCUUUUCCAACCCUGCCCCACAGCCUGCUGUGCAGAAACCAAAGUUGAAACGUGUAAUAAAAGAGAAAGCCAAACCUCCAGGAGGUGAAGCAAAAGGGGCCCAGGCAGCACCAAUCCAGCAUUCUUUUCUCACAGAUGUAUCAGAUGUCCAGGAAAUGGAACGGGGACUUCUGAGUCUCUUGAAUGACUUCCACUCUGGCAAACUUCAAGCAUUUGGAAAUGAAUGUUCCAUAGAGCAGAUGGAGCAUGUACGGAGUAUGCAGGAGAAACUUGCUCGCCUCAACCUGGAGCUCUAUGGGGAGAUGGAAGAACUGCCUGAAGAUAAAAGAAAACUAGCCAGUGAUUCCAACCUGGAUAGGCUGCUGUCAGAUCUAGAAGAACUGAAUUCAUCUAUCCAAAAACUACAUUUAGCAGAUGCUCAAGAUAUUCCAAAUGGUACCACAGGCUGAGAGAACAAUUUGGAUUUGUCAAUUUGGAUUCUCACAGAAGCUUUUCAUUCGUUUUUCCUGACAAUGGAAUCAGGAACAGUUGUGACUUUGUGUUGGUUUGUUUUCUUUUACACAACAAAGAAUCGAAGUGCAAAUUCAGGUGUUUAUUUUGCACAUUCCUCUGAGCACCACAUUAUGUCAGGGCUCAGUACCUAGAGUUGUAAAUUAUUGUUGUGCUGUGCUUUUUAUUAUUGCCUUACUUAACAGAAAAAUUAGGGAAACGAGGAAAUACAUUUCUUCUUAGUGUUCACAUGGUUGAAAAUGAUAAAUGUAUACAAGUUCACUGACAUUUCUCUAGUUUUUAAGAAGGUAGUGGUAAUGUUGCCUUACUGAUCAUUACAUAGACAAUCUGCACACUAUAACUUUAGUGUUUUGUUGAUCAGUGAUGCCACAGAUUAAUUUAUUGUUAAUAAAGUGAAAAAUUUUAAAUAUAUGAUGUUUCAUUUAGAGAAGCUGCUGUUGGUUCAGCUGUGUUAAGAAGAUGAGUUCUGGCAUUGUCCGAAUGUUUGCAGAGUUUACUUUUUUCCAUUACUGUGAAUAAUUGUAAAAUGUCACUAAAUUAAGAACUAGCGUGCAUGCUAGCAGUCUACAUAAUUUAAGUACUGUGAAAUUCCAAAAUUGGGUAAACAGUUAUUGUUCAAUAAAUCCAGUAUGUGCAAUAGUGUAGUUA